AGUUCCGUAUCUCUAUUUCUCCAUUGCAAAUGGCUUCUAAUUUGGCAAAUCUUAGCACGGUGUUUCUCCACGCUUUGAUUUGGUCAUUGCUGACCGCUUCAAGUGUUGGCCUUGCCUCCGACAUCUAUUGCUUGAAAUCUAUCAAAGACUCCUUGGAUGAUCCAUACGGUUAUCUUAAAGCUUCAUGGAACUUCAACAACAAUACAGAGGGCUUCAUCUGCUGGUUUAAAGGGGUAGAAUGCUGGCAUCUGGAUGAAAACAAAGUGCUGAGCAUUCAACUAUCCAACAUGAGUCUCAAGGGGCAUUUUCCACGAGGAGUGAGUGAUUGCUCUAGCUUAGUGGUGCUAGACCUUUCAAACAAUGAGCUUUCUGGACCAAUUCCAUCCGAUAUAUCAAGUAUCCUCUGUUAUUUAACUUCACUAAAACUCUCUUCCAACAAAUUCUCAGUUAUCAUUGUUUUCAUCUUCUGUUAUGUGGUUUGGACACAAAGGAAGAAGAGGAGUAACAAAAGAAAGCAAACUCAACAGAUGGAGGAAAUGCCACAUGUUGAGCUUUUACAUGAAGAAUGCAAAGAGGCACAAUGGGUUACUGCAAAAUGGGACAGACCUAAUUACACAGAAAUCAGUGAAGCAACAAAAAAUUUUGACAAAGAAAAUGUCAUUGGAAUUGGAGGGAUGGGGACAACCUACAAGGCAGUGUUGCCUAACGGUUGGAUCCUUGCAGUCAAGAGAUUACAUGAUACUUGCCUAUUUAAUGAGCAUUUCAUAACAGAAUUGAAGACAUUGGGUAGAUCGAGGCAUGAGAACCUGUUGCCCCUCCUGGGAUUCCGCAUACAGUCAAGGGAGAGGCUUCUGGUUUCCAAAUACAUGUCAAAAGGAAGUCUUUAUGAUUGGGUCCAUCCUGAAGAAGGCGAGGCAAGAAUCAUAGAGUGGCCCUUAAGGGUCAAAAUUGCAACUGGGGUAGCAAGAGGCUUGGUUUGGCUCCAUCACGAGUGUAACUUUUGUGUUGCCCGUCGUAACAUUAACUCCAAGUGCAUCUUACUUGAUGAGAAUUUCAAGCCAAGCUUUAUCAAGGAGGAUAUCUAUUGCUUUGGAAUUUUACUUCUUGAGCUGAUCACCGGAGAGAAUCCUAGAGGCAUGACAACAUGCCCAAACACUGGCAAUGAAACCCUCAAUGAAUGGGUUGCACAUCUCUCCGCAAGCUCCAACUUUUAUAGCAUUGUCGAUAAAUCUCUGACGGGGCAAGGAUUUGAUCAAGAAAUCUUUCAGCUUCUUAGAGUUGCAUUAGAGUGUGUUCAGCCAUCUCCAGAUCAAAGGCCAACAAUGCUUCAAUUGUACAAAACACUAGGUGCUGUUGGUAAGAGACAUGGCCUCUCAACUGGCUCUGAGGUAGUGGCAGACACUGGAGAAACUUCUACACUCAGGAUAAAUGAAUGCAAUGAGGAUGAAAUCAGAGAGCUUUAAAAUAUCUAUCUUAGCAUGUUUGAUGUGACUAAGAAAGAUGAAUGCACCUAUCUUCAGAAAAAAAAAAAAAAAGGAAGAAAGAAAGAUGAAUGCAAUGAAGGUGUAAUUUGGAGAUUUAACAAAACAGAACUGCUGUA